GUUUUACUUCCUGUUCUCUUUUAUUCUGAAAGUCAACCGCGGAAGUUCUUGGCGGUGUUCACGCUAACUUUAUGUCUCCUGUCUGCGUGAGAUAGGUGAUGGCCGCCUGUUAACAACAUUACGACGCUUAAAAGGCUCGGUAAACACACCGAACACCUCCGGGAGGAGUUCCGGUGACCCUCAAUCUAUGGCCAUGGUGACCAAGAAAGUCCGCUCCGAGUACAUGAAGCGGUUCCGAGACCCCAAGUGGGAGACUUUCUCCAAAUGCUACGAGGACUCGCUGAAGUACCGCCUGACCCGCCGGGUGAUGGAGCAUUCCCACAAACCGUGGUUCUGGGAGGGCUGGGACAGCGGCUCAGAGUCCAGUGGCUGGUCCACGCCAAGGCUGAGCUGCAACAAAGUGGCACCGCUCCCCUCCACAGAUGGAGACCAACAGCCAGAACAGCCCAGGUCCAGUCCAGAUGCUAAGCAGCCACCCGAGGAUGGCGAGGACGCGGUGGUGGCCACGGAAGAGGCCGUCGUCGAUGCUGCACCGCCAGCAGGGGCAGGGACAGAAAAUGGCGGCGACUCAGUGGGAGCAGCGCCUCCUUCAAACCCCGGCGGAGCCUCCGAUGACACCGACAGCGGGCCGCUCCACUCGCCCUCCUCGGACGGUGAGCCUGUCAACCCAGUGCCAAGGCGACGUCACCGGCGCCGCACGCCCCACACGGAUCUGGGACGCUUGGACUGUUCCCAAGGUGACAAGUCAUCGGCCUUGCGCAAACCUCAGCGAGCAAAGAGCCAGCCGCCUGCCGGCUCAAAGGAGAACCGGUUGCCCGUGGGACGGCUGGACUGGACGGAGCGACAUGACAGGAAGACACCCAAUCAUAGUCACAUGUCCGACGCCUGCGUUCCGACACGCCCACCUGACAAGCACAGCAGUGCGGAGCGGCGCCGGGCGCGAUCGGCCGACCUGGACAAGCUGAGGCGCACGCAGCUGGCGGACGAGCGCUGGAUGACAGAGUACAUGCGCUGCUUCUCUGCACGCAUCAGGUAGAUAAGACCCGCCCACAAGUGGGAAGAGCCUCACACAGUAAGCCAGGAGGUUGUCGGACAUCUUUCAAAGUAAAAGCACCUGUGUGGUGGUUUUAUCGUCAGCCAGCAACGUGAUCGAUCAGAAUAAUCACAGAAGCAAGACAUUUUUACCAGCACACCUUUUUCUCUCAAAUUUUUACAAUUACAAUUAAUAUAUUUAUUAUCAUCAUCAUCAUCAUCAUCAUCAUACAAGACCCGCUCUCUUUUUCUUCUUCUGUUUGUGUUCAAACUAUGCAAACGCUCCAAAGUGAAAAUAAAAAUCUUAGAGUCCAACAUGCUGGACAAGUUGUGACCUUUUUAGUGACUCAUUUGAUUGUAGCGUGACUUGUAUUUUGUAAUUUAUUGAUGUUUAACACUCGACAAAGAAAAAAGAAUGACCGGCUUUAAAGAGCUAAGGCUAAUUAGCUGCUGGGAAGAAAAAUAACUCACUGAAUGUUUGUAACAUAUUUCAUAUUUAACACUAAAUGUUUUAAAUGGCAGACAAAAAAAAAAAAAAGGUGGGGGUCACGGGUCACAUUGCUACUUGUUUGAAUGUUGACAAUCAAAGAUGACAUCACAAUGUUUACAUUGUACAUCAAUGAAAGUACAUAUUUCAAUAAAGGACCUUUGUCUUCA